CUCAAGGACCGCCUGACGGGCUCUUUCAAUUCAUUGAUCGCAUGCUUUCGUGCUGCCGCGCCCGCCUACUUAAUGUGUUCUUGCUCCCCUCUUCCUCUUCCGACCUAUUCUUAUCACUCACGCCCAGCACAAUCUCAGCCGCAGCUGGUAUAACCAUCGAACCUCCAAUUAUAUCAACCCAUCAACCACAGCUAUACAAUCGUCCUUCAUCACGACCAUUCACCGCCAAUCACCGCUGGCGCGGAACUCUUUUUCAUCCACGACACUUCCGUGCACGUGUUCAUUCACUCCCGUUUGCGGACGGCACGUGAUUGACGCCCGCGCGUUGCUGCCUGCGACUGGUGUCACCGCACGUGAGCCCCCGCCACUUGUUUAUACCUUUACUUUCCUCCUUUCCCCCUCCUUAAGAUCUUCAUCCUCCUUCACACACGC